AUGGCUUUGCGAUACUUCGUGUUGUCGUCUUUGGCUUUCGCAAUUCUUGCCUAUCAGACCUCACACCCUUCCUAUGAGCAUGGGCACGAGCCUGAUGUGCCAGAAUGUGCUGCCAACACAACCAAACUAUGGUGUCUCAACGACGACCAUUAUCCCACCUACGAGAUCAACCACGCAGUCGAACUGUCUGUAUACCGACCAAACAUCCUGGAAGACGAAAUUUACUUGUGCCCAUCAGAGACCGCUUACAUCAGGCCAUUUCGUGCACGGAACACUGAGGGAAAGUGGCAUGUCGUUGUAAAUAAUAUCGAUGUCCAUUAUCAGACUUUCACUGAGACUACACGCAUCGAAGAGUGUCUCACUUCCGCCGAUGCAUAUCCUCUGAUGCCUGACUGCUACGAGUCCAAGUGUCUGCAGAAGUCAAUCUACCACCGCUUCCUUGUCUACGACCCUUAUGAUCAGUACUUCCCCUUCGCCAUCGAGACAUUCAAGCUUCCCGCCAGUUGUGCUUGUCUGUUGGGUACCUACACCCUUGAUCAUUAA